AUGCAGCGCCGACUCGUGGAGGAGAAGGAGAGCCUUCAGGCCACCGCGGCCAAGUACCAGGAGGAGGCCGAUCAGCUACGAUCCCAGCUGCGCGAUAUGACCACGGUUGGCGUGUCCCCCUUUGCCUGUCUUCCCGAGGAGCUGGCCCUCCACGCCUUCUCGUUCCUCGAGAUGAAAGAGGUGCUCGUGGCCAAGCGCUGCAUCCCGCCCGCCCAGCCCCGCAAGCCCGUCAUCGUCGAGCGCGACUGGAAGUGGCUCUACCUCUCCCAAAGCCGAGUGCUCAAAUUGGACGCCGAGAAGCCUCCGGGCGGCGUUGGCAGCGCGCGGCUCGCCUCCGGUGCUCGAUACGACGGCGAGUGGAAAGAGGGGAAGGAGCACGGCUACGGCAUCAAGUUCUGGCCAAUCGUGGUCGACACCAAGCCGCAGGGUGGCGAGCAGGACAUAGCGGCCGCGUCGUCCCUGCCCAACGCGACGGCCGGCGAUGGCGGGGAGGGCGCCGGCGGUGAUACCAGCGACGCCGACGCCGGUCAGGGCGGCAGCGGCGAGGAGAGCGGCGGGUCCAGGAGCGCGCCCCACCCCGCCUCCUCUUCUCCCCGGACGAAGGAGCCCAAGACCAGCAUUGUCGAGUACGACAGCUACGAGGGCAUGUGGAAGGACGGCUGGGAGCACGGCGUCGGAAAGUACACCUGGGCUGAUGGAAGCGAGUACAAGGGGGACUGGGUCGAAGGCAAGCGCAGCGGACAGGGGAAUCUACGUCGGAGCACGUACACGGGCGAAUGGAGGGACGGGCACCAGGAGGGCUGGGGAAUCUAUCGGUGGCCAUCCGGCAGUCUCUACAUGGGAAUGUGGAAAAAUGGUAAUCAGGACGGAUGGGGCAUGAAGCGCUGGGGCGACUCGUCGUGGUACGAGGGCGAAUGGUCGGACGGCCAAAAGCACGGCAAGGGCACCUACUCCUGGAUCGACGGGCGACGAUACAAAGGCCAGUGGAAGCACGGCAAGAAGCACGGCGUCGGCAGUUACCUAUGGAGCGAUGGUACCACGUACGAGGGCGAGUGGGACCUGGGCCUGCGUCAUGGCCGAGGCGUCAUGCGAUUCAUCGACGGCUCGGUAUUCGACGGCGUGUGGUGGAAGGACAGACGACUCAAGCCGGGCGAAGACGGCUCCGCGACAGAGAAGGAGAAGCUCACCUACGAGAAGCCCUACGACCACUACUUCUGCGAGCCCGACGACUUCUGGGAACAAAAGUAUCGAGCAGACAUCGACGCGCGGGCAGCCGAGCGGCGUUUGGAGAUGGAGGAGACCAAGCGGAGGCGAAAGGAAAUCAAAAAGCACUGCGCCGAGAUCCAGAAACGCUUCCAACACUACUGA